AUGGGCUAUAGAGCUCAGCGAGUACGACAUCGAGUACAGGUCCUCGCCGAUUUCGUUAUUGAGCUAGCAUCCGAACAUCUAGACCAGGAAACAGAGGUUCCGAAAUGGAGCCUAUACGUGGACGGAGCCUCGUCAAGGCAAGGCUCCGGUGUCGGUUUAAGACUAACCUCCUCAGCCGGAGAAACCAUCGAACAAUCCUAUAGACUUGGAUUUAACGCUUCCAACAACGAGGCCGAGUACGAAGCACUAAUCGCUGGAUUAAAGCUCGCCCUGAGCCUCGGAAUUCGGGAGCUAAACGCCUACAGCGACUCGCAGCUGGUAGCUAGCCAGUUUCACGGGGAAUACGAAACAAGGGACGAAAGAAUGGGGGCAUACCUCGAGGUCGUCCUAAACCUCACAAAGCAGUUUGACAAGUUCGAGCUAACGAGGAUCCCACGAGGGGAGAACUCCUCAGCAGACGCGCUCGCCGCAUUAGCUUCCACAUCCGACCCUCUCGUAAAACGAAUUAUACCCGUGGAAGGAAUCGAGAAGCCAAGUAUCGACAUAGCUACCAAGGCUGAGAUGGAUAGCAAACCAAAGGAAAAAAUAGAGGAUAACAGCCUCCCGACGGUAGCUACCCAAGUUUUCACGACAUUCUGGUUCCCGAAAACUAGAACACGCAGCUUUAGAAAGCACACCUCCAGGAAAGCAACCCAGAACCCGGAAAACAACGACAAAAGUGAAGGUACUCACCGAAGUUCAGACUCCCUAGAGCCUAACUCUACGAGUACCUCCGGGGGCACCAUCCAGACCUCGGAGCCACUUGUCUAUAAAGUCCAAACAAGAAGCCGCACCGCUCUUAAAAACGCAUCUAGGAACGCUACACAAACCACAGGGGAUAACGAGGAAAUUGGAGAUAUUCCUCAGAACCCAGAACCUACUCCAACGAAUAUCUCCGGGGGCACCACGGCACCAGGUCCCGAACAGGAAUCUCCCUCCUCUCUUCACAACAAAGUUGUAGGGAGAGAAGACUGGAGAAUACCGAUCAUGGAUUACAUCCUAGAGGGAAAAAUUCCACCCAACAAGUGGGAGGCUCGAAAACUCAAAGCUUUAGCAGCAAGAUACUGUAUAAUCGAGUCAGCCCUCCACAAACGAAGUGUCUCCGGACCUUACCUAAAAUGCGUUCACGGCCUAGUAGCUAUGAAACUCAUGAAGGAAAUGCACGACGGUUCCUGUGGAAACCAUUCCGGAGGCAGAGCCUUAGCCAUCCGAAUAAAAAGACAAGGCUACUUCUGGCCUACCAUUAUCGCAGAUUGUGAGGUCUACUCCUCAUCGUGCGACAAAUGCCAAAGGCAUGCACCGAUCAUACACCAACCAGCGGAAAAGCUGUCUAACAUAUCAGCUCCCUAUCCAUUCAUGAGGUGGUCUAUGGACAUUAUAGGUCCAUUAGUACCUUCAGGGAAAGGAAAGAAGUUACUAAACCUCCUGGUCCUAACCGACUACUUCACGAAAUGGAUUGAAGCUGAAGCUUUCCAACAAAUAAACAGAUUCGAGGUCGAAGGAUUUGUUUGGAAAAACAUCGUAUGCAGGCAUGGCGUCCCAUACGAAAUCGUAACCGACAAUGGAGGACAGUUCAUAUCCCACGACUUCAAAAGUUUCUGCGAUAAAUGGAACAUCCGCCUCACCUUCUCAUCACCUCGGCGACCUCAAGGGAACGGACAGGCGGAGGCUGCCAACAAAUCAGUUUUAGCAAACCUCAAGAAACGCCUAGGAGCCCAAAAGGAGCUUUGGUCGGAAAAACUACCCGAAGUACUAUGGGCCUGCCGAACCACCCCACGAAAAGCUACAGAGGAAACUCCCUUCUCCUUAGCUUAUGGGAUGGAAGCUGUCGUCCCAGCAGAAACCACCGCAGGUAGCCUCAGACGGGAGCUCUGCACCUCAAAUCCCGCAGCUAAUAACCAGCUCCUGAUGGAUAGCCUCGACUUGAUCGAGGAAAGACGAGACCAAGCCUUGCUUCGCAUUCAAAAUUAUCAGCAAGCAAUGGCACGACACUACAAUUCCAAAGUAAGGCCCCGACAGUUCGCCGUAGGGGACCUAGUGCUUAGGAAAGUGUUCGAAGGAACAAAGGAACCGGGAGCUGGAAAGUUAGGAACCAACUGGGAAGGACCCUACCGAAUUAUCCACAUAGUACGACCCGGAGUUUACAAACUCCAGAAGGUACGAACCGGGGUACCUGAAAUCCGAUCGUGGAAUGCCACGAACCUCAAAAGAUACUAUCAUUAG